CCUUACCCUACCCCCACGUCCACAAAAGAGAAACCUCUAUUUCUUUCUCUUUCUCCUCUGGUAGCCCCUCAAGUGUCAUUUUCUCACAUAUACUUCACACAAAAGAAACACCAUUCACUUCAUACCUUGUCAUUUCUUCUUUCUCUCUGUCUCUUUCUCACUGUUUUUAUUUCUUCAAUCUCAAAUCUCUGCAAUUACCCUCUCAAAUUGAUCCAAAAGCCCCAUAUCAAAGAAAACCCAGAAAAUCUCUAAACCAUUUGAACCCAAAUCAUUCAUAAUCCCCCCAGAAGCACAACCUGUUCUGGAUUCUUGAGAAACAUAUUCACUACUGCCCUACCAGAGGAAGAAGAGCAGAAAAAAAAAGUAGAGAAAUAAAAAAAGAAGGCCUUAGAAGCUUGUUUGGUUGCUCAGCCAUGGAACUAUUCCCAGCACAACCAGAUUUAUCUCUCCAAAUCAGCCCACCAAACAGUAAACCCACAUCAACAUGGAGAAGAACGGAAGAAGAAAUGGAUUUGGGAUUUUGGAAAAGAGCUCUGGACUCAAGAAAUACAAGUAUGUCUUCGAUGGCAAAACCUGAUAAUAGUUGUUUUGAGCUUUCUUUAUCAAAUCCAAGGGUUUCUGAGUCAAACUCAAACAACCAUUUUCAUCUCCUUCAGAACACUACCAAUUAUAAUAGCAGUAACAAUCUUUUCCAUUCCUUUCAACAAAACAACCAGUUCUAUCCACAUCAUCAUCUCUUUCAACAGCAGCAGCAGCAGCAAAACCAGCAGCAACAACAACAACAAGGACUAAGCCAAGACCUUGGUUUUUUGAGACCCAUAAGAGGAAUUCCUGUAUACCAAAACCCUCCUACUCUUUCUACUACUCCUGCUUUUCCUUUCCCUCAACAUCCUUUAGAUAAUACUACUUCUUGUUUGGCAACCAAUAACUCCAACUCCACAAGCUUAAGUCCUUUUCAGUCUCAAAAUUUGAUGAGAUCAAGAUUGAUGUCAAGAUUUCCAGCUAAACGCAGCAUGAGAGCGCCAAGAAUGCGCUGGACUACUACUCUUCAUGCUCGCUUUGUUCAUGCUGUUGAGUUAUUGGGUGGCCAUGAAAGGGCUACACCCAAGUCAGUUCUUGAGCUCAUGGAUGUGAAAGAUCUCACAUUGGCACAUGUUAAAUCUCACCUACAGAUGUAUCGGACGGUAAAGACCACAGAUCGAGCAGCAGCUUCUUCAGGGCAAUCAGAUGUAUUUGAUAAUGGAUCAUCAGGAGAUACUUCUGAAGAUUUGAUGUUUGAUAUCCAAAACUCAUCAAGAAGGUCUGAACUAACAAUGCAGCAAGGAAGAACAAGUGGUAAUGAGCAGGACAAGGACUAUCAGGGUCUAUGGAGCAAUUCUUCCAGCAGGGAAGCUUGGUUGCAUGUGAAACCGAAGGAUUCUGGUGGAAACUUAUCAUCCCUUCAUGAGCAGGAAAUGGAUCCAAAGUGCUUAAGCUAUGAAAGAAUAUCACAAGUGAGCUCAUCAAGCCUUUCAGGGACAAGUCCCAACCCCAAGAAGCCUAACUUGGAGUUUACCUUGGGCAGGCCACAUUGAAAGAAAAAAAGAAAAAAAUCUACUUAAAUUUAUAUAUUUUGUACUAUCAUUUUGAAAUCAUUAUCUCUCUGAUGAGAAGAGGGCUGGUGAAGAGAAUCAGGUACCCAGCUGAGAAAAUCAGAGAAAAGAAAGGAAAAGAAAAAGAGAAAGAGAAAAAAGAAAAGAAAAGAAAGGAAAAGAAAAAGAGAGCUAAAGAAAGACAAGGAGACAAGAAAGACAGAAAGCAACAAAAGGAUGAGUGGAAAAAGCAUGUCUUUCCUGUCAAGCUGUGUGAGAUCCAAAUCAACAUAUUAUAUUCCUACGUAAAUAUGAAAUCUAAUUGAUUUUGUUGUUUUGCACUAAGCGAGAGAGAGAGAGAGUGAAUGAAAAAAAAGAAGAAAAAAAAUUCUUAGAAAGAAAGAAAAAAAAAAUGCUUUAGCUACAUAUCUUAAAGUAUGAAGUGAUCCUUGGUAAUUGUAAUGGAGCACUUUAUUACAUUUAUAAAACAUAUUUUGUAAUUUUACCAAAGGGAAUUGGCUCUCUUUCCAUCUCCA